CUUCAUGACUGCAACCCCAGUUGAAUUCAAUCCUUUCUAAUUCUCAUCAAACUCUUCUCUCCUCUGCACUCUCUGCAGCUAGUUAACAACAGAGAUGGCCGGUGUUGCAGUCUCCGGACAACUUCCGGCCGCAGAGAAAAUCGUUGCAGAUUUUGGACCUUCCAAGAAACCAAAGAGAAAUAAGUAUGCCUUUGCUUGUGCCAUUCUUGCUUCCAUGACUUCCAUCUUGCUCGGUUACGAUAUUGGAGUGAUGAGUGGAGCAAUAAUCUACAUCCAGAGAGACCUCAAAAUCAGCGACCUAAAGGUUGAAAUCCUUACCGGUAUAAUCAACUUGUAUUGUCUCAUCGGCUCUGCGGCCGCUGGAAGGACGUCCGAUUGGAUUGGUCGCCGGUAUACCAUCGUUUUUGCAGGUGCCAUUUUCUUUGUUGGAGCUCUUCUCAUGGGUUUCUCUACAAAUUAUGCUUUCCUUAUGGUUGGCCGCUUCGUUGCUGGUAUUGGCAUCGGCUAUGCUCUCAUGAUUGCUCCGGUAUAUACCGCUGAAGUCUCUCCGGCAUCCACCCGCGGCUUCCUCACCUCAUUUCCAGAGGUGUUCAUUAACGCCGGAAUAUUACUCGGAUAUGUGUCGAAUUAUGCCUUCUCUAAGCUGCCCUUAUUUUUAACGUGGCGGAUGAUGCUCGGAGUAGGUGCAGUCCCCUCCGUUAUCCUGACUCUUGUGGUUCUCGGCAUGCCAGAGUCACCGCGGUGGCUAGUGAUGCAGGGCCGCCUUGGAGAGGCCAAGAGAGUCCUCAACAAAACAUCUGAUUCCGAAGAAGAAGCUCAAAGGAGGCUGAGUGACAUUAAAGAAGUGGCCGGUAUCCCUCAAGACUGCAACGACGACAUCGUUCAGGUGACCAAAAGCCACCAUGGCGAAGGCGUCUGGAAAGAGCUACUCAUCUACCCAACUCCCUCGGUCCGCCGAGUCUUGAUCGCCGCCGUCGGCAUCCACUUUUUCCAGCAAUCAUCCGGCAUCGACUCUGUUGUCCUAUACAGUCCAAGAAUCUUUAAGAAGGCCGGAAUCAAAUCCGAUUCCCACUUGCUACUCGCCACCAUCGCCGUCGGAUUUGUCAAGACGAUGUUCAUUUUGGUUGCCACGUUUCUCCUAGAUCGGGUUGGUCGCCGGCCGCUACUGCUCACCAGCGUCGCCGGAAUGAUCAUCUCCUUGGCGACACUGGCGAUGGGGUUGACCGUCAUCGACCACUCACAUAAUAAAACACUACCAUGGGCGGUGGCGCUGUGCAUUCUGAUGGUCCUAUCAUACGUCGGCUUCUUCUCGAUCGGAAUGGGACCCAUAACGUGGGUGUACACUUCGGAGAUCUUCCCGUUGAGACUACGCGCGCAGGGGGCGAGUAUAGGAGUGGGGGUGAACCGUGUGACAAGCGGAGUUAUAUCCAUGACGUUCCUUUCACUAUACGAAGCCAUAACAAUCGGCGGCGCGUUCUUCUUGUACGCCGGAAUUGCGUUGGUGUCGUGGUUUUUCUUUUACACGUUCUUGCCGGAGACACAGGGGAGGACGUUGGAGGACAUGGAGGCACUGUUCGAGAAAUUCAAUUGGAGAGAGUCAAAGAGAAAGAAGGAAGUUAACGGUAACGACGGCCAGAUUCAGUUAGGGAAUGCUGCUAAUGGGCAAAAUCAUGGUUAAGGGUAAUUUAAUAAAAAUAUGCGCUUAGAAAUUUUAUAGGAAGUAUUUAAAAAGCUAAAAUAUUUAGCUAUAGUAAUUACAUAUAUAAUUAAAUAUCUUUGAUGUUUUAAAUAUGUACAUGUACUAAUGUUCAAAAGAAUAUCUGCAUGUACUAAUUUUUCUUUUUUAAAAAGGAAAUAAAAAGAAAAACCCUCAAAAUUUCCUCAUCAUAAUAGGACUUAAGAGGUGGCGUCGUUUCAGGUCAUAUGCUUAAAGUAUAUCCUUUUGGUUUCAAGGUUUGGGUUUCAAUUCCCUUUACCACAAAGAAUGUACUGCUCAAGAAAACACUACUGUUAGA